AAAAGAAAAAAGAUUAAAACAAAAAUGCCAUCAUCUCCAUCUCCGGUUCCUUGACUGCUUUAGGUGCCAUCAAAGAGAUUAAUUUCCGACUGAGUAAACCCCCUUCAAAAACCCUAUUCUACAAAUCCCUUCAUCAAAAUUUGAACUUUCUAAAAUUUCAACUAUGAAGCGGUUGUUGAAAAUCACAUACCCAGAAUUGUUUUUCCACAAAUUCUCAGGGAUUCCUACAAAACCCUCUGCCGUUGCAUCGCUUGUCCGAGCCUCAGCGCAAUCGUAUUCUUCUUCUUCUUCUUCCUCUUCUCCUUCUUCUUCUUCUUCUUCUUCUUCGUCUUCCCAAUACGUAUGGCCGAAUGUCGUUGGUCUCUUCGCCGGCAAGUGGACCUAUGGGGAUUCAUUACUCGCGAAUGAUCUAAGAGACAAGGUCUCGAAGUUGAGGGAUGAGCUGGUGAUGCACAGCGGCGAUGUUGAAACUUUGUAUAAAGUAUUGGAAGAGAAAGGAGCUUCCUUGUUUCGAAAGUACAGGGAUGGUUCUGCUGUAGUUGAGCUCUUGACGCAGCUCCAUUCUUCCCCACAAUUAGCUAUUGAGGUUUUCAAUUGGAGAAGAGAAGUGGACUAUAUCAAUCCUCUAACAUCAGAGGAGUAUGCCAAGGCUAUUUCUUUGGCAGGAAGGUUGCAUAAUGUUGAACUUGCAUCACAAAUCUUCAGAGAAGCUGCUGACAAGCAAGUCAGGACAACUUCCAUGUACAAUGCGCUCUUGAGUGCAUAUAUGUAUAAUGGUUUGGCCGUGAAAUGUCAAUCUGUUUUUCAGGAUAUGAAGAAGGAAGCAACCUGUUGUCCAACGAUAGUAACAUAUAACAUUCUUAUUUCUGUAUUUGGGCGGCUAUUGCUCGUAGACCACAUGGAAGAAACCUUUCGCGAGGUUAAAGAUUUAAAUAUAUGUCCUAACGUGACUACAUAUAACUAUUUAAUUGCUGGGUAUCUUACAGCAUGGAAGUGGGAUGAUAUGGAGAAGACAUUCAGAAUCAUGAAUGCAGUCAGCAUAGAGCCUAAUUGUACUACAUAUUUACUGAUGCUGCGGGGAUAUGCAUAUGCAGGUAGGUUGGAAAAGAUGGAGGAAACUUAUGAGCUGGUCAAAGAUCAUGUUGAUCAUAAGGAAAUCUCAUUGAUUAGAACAAUGAUAUCUGCUUAUUGUAGAAGUUCUAACAUGAAUAGAGUUUCAAAGAUUAAGGAAUUGCUGAAGUUUAUUCCAGACAAUGAAUACCGUCCUUGGUUGAAUGUCCAGUUGAUAAUUUUAUAUGCAAAAGAAGAUCUUUUAGAAGAGAUGGAAACUUCGAUCAACGAGGCAUUUGAACGCAACACCUCUGUAACAACAAUUGGUGUGAUGAAAGGCAUUAUUGCAUGUUACUUCCGAUACAGUGCUAUGGAUAAGCUUGCUAAUUUUGUGAAGCGUGCAGAGUGUGGUGGAUGGAGAAUUUGCAGGUCUCUUUACCACUGUAAGAUGGUUAUGUAUUCAUCAGACAAGCGGCUCGUUGAAAUGGAAAAUGUUCUUGAUGAGAUGGAGAAGGUGAAUAUUGUUUGGACAAAGAAAACGCUAUGGAUAUUGUAUAAAGCAUACUCAAAAUGGGGUGAAAAGAGUAAACUUGAGCAGGUUGCAGGGGUGAUGUGCAAGCAUGGGUAUGGCAUUCCAAUGUCUGCAUGCAGUUCAUAGAUCACCAUUUGUUAUUUGCUCUAGGGAUGACUCGCAAGCAUGUGGUGGCAUCUUAUAAUUUAUGUCACCAUGAAUCUCUGAACGUCCAUGUAGUGCUUCUUUUGUUAGUGGAGGAUUAAUUCUAUUUAGAUACUCUCUAGUGUCAACCAUAUAACAGUGCGUUGGAGUUACAUUAGGUUACUCUUUUUGAUUCAUUUUAUACUAGUGUGAGCCAUUGGCCACAUGAUGUUGUGCAAAACCAAGUGUUACUAUCUGUAGUACUGAGCUCUAUAUGCAAUAUUCACAUUUCAAAAUAAGAUUUUACCUUCAAGUGUAAUUUGUGUAAAUAUGUUAUUAUGGUGACGGCGUCCACUUCCAAAGGAGUAGACAAGUAGUGACAAGUUAAAUUUUUUGAGUUACUA